GAGCACCAAUUAGAACUGACUAUUCCCGGCAUUGUGGCACUAGGAGCCCUGUCAAUCACCGGCACUACAAUAGCACGUGCAGCAGUGGUGGCUCCAGACCCACGGAGAGGCUUUAUCUUAACUCCAGCUGCUGAAUGAGAAUGAGUUUCAAGCUUUGUGUAUGACCAUGAAACAGAACCUCAGUUCAAUAAUGCAUCCUGAGGUAAACUGUUACCUGAGUAAGGGCUCUAAAUAAUGCAUUUCCUGGGAUCGACAGUUGUAACAGAAGAGAAUGCUGGAACCUGUAGCAAGAUUUCUCUCUGAGAUGGAAAGAUGUCUCACUAUCAUUUUAUCAAGUGCUGUUGCUUUCAGCUAUGUAAUAUUUUUAGAUCUCAUGAAAUGGAAAUUGACCAGUGCUUGCUGGAGACCCUUCCCCUUGGCCAAAGGCAGCGACUGGUGAAACGCAUGCGCUGUGAACAAAUCAAAGCCUACUAUGAAAGAGAGAAGGCUUUCCAGAAGCAGGAAGGAGUCCUGAAAAAACUGAAGCAUGGGAAGAAUCAGAAAGUUCACUUUAACCUUGCUGAUAUGAUACAGGAUGCAAUUAUCCACCAUGAUGACAAAGAAGUGCUUCGUCUGUUGAAGGAAGGGGCGAACCCCCACACUUCCGUUUCCUCAGGAGGUUCCUUGCUCCAUCUGUGUGCUCGAUAUGAUAAUGCCUUCAUUGCAGAGAUCCUGAUUGACAAAGGGGUCAAUGUCAAUCACCAGGAUGAAGACUUUUGGACACCCAUGCACAUUGCAUGUGCAUGUGAUAAUCCUGAUAUUGUCCUGCUCCUUGUAUUAGCAGGAGCCAACGUGCUUCUCCAGGAUGUUAAUGGAAAUAUCCCAUUGGAUUAUGCCGUAGAAGGGACAGAAUCAAGCUCUAUCCUAUUGACUUAUCUGGAUGAAAAUGGAGUGGAUGUGACCUCACUGCACCAGAUGAAGCUUCAGAGACCCAUGAGUAUGUUAACAGAUGUCAAACACUUCCUGUCAUGUGGAGGAAAUGUUAAUGAGAAAAAUGAUGAAGGAGUAACACUGUUACAUAUGGCAUGUGCCAGUGGCUACAAGGAGGUGGUGUCUCUGCUCCUGGAACACGGCGGGGACCUCAAUGUAGUGGAUAAUCAGUACUGGACCCCACUUCACUUGGCAGCAAAGUAUGGCCAGACAAACCUGGUGAAAAUUCUUUUGAUGCACCAAGCAAAUCCAAACCUUCUGAACUGCAACGAAGAGAAGGCCUCAGAUAUUGCUGCAUCUGAAUUUAUUGAGGAAAUGCUGCUAAAAGCUGAAAUGGCCUGGGAAGAAAAAAUGAAAGAGCCUUUACCUGUGCCUACCUUAGCACAAGAGGAGCCCUAUGAAGAGAUCAUUCAUGAUCUCCCAGCCCUUUCCAGUAAGCUCAAUCCCCUGGUGUUGCCAAUUGCCAAGCAAGAUAGUUUGCUGGAAAAAGACAUUAUGUUCAAAGAUGCAGCAAAAGGUCUAUGCAUGAAACCACCUCAGGACAGCACUCCUGAAAAUGCCACUGUGAAUGGCCCCACCAAACCUGAGCAGGUCAAGCUAAUGCCUCCUGCUCCAAAUGAUGACCUAGCAACACUCAGUGAACUCAACGAUGGCAGCCUACUUUAUGAAAUUCAAAAGCGCUUUGGAAACAAUCAGAUAUACACUUUUAUUGGGGACAUCCUCUUGCUUGUUAACCCAUUCAAAGAGCUUCCAAUUUAUUCCACCAUGGUGUCCCAGCUUUACCUGAGCAGCACUGGGCAGCCGUGUUCCUCUCUGCCACCUCACAUUUUCUCCUGUGCCGAGAAGGCCUUUCACCAGCUGUUUCAGGAGCAGCGACCCCAGUGCUUCAUUCUCAGUGGCGAAAGAGGAUCUGGAAAGACUGAAGCCAGCAAACAAAUAAUGAGGCACCUAACCUGUAGAUCUGGAACCAGCAGGCCUGUAUUUGAUUCCAAAUUUAAACAUGUCAUGUGCAUUUUAGAAGCCUUUGGACAUGCAAAGACCACUCUUAAUGAUCUAUCCAGUUGCUUUAUAAAGUAUUUCGAACUACACUUCUGUGAGCAGAAAAAACACUUAGCUGGAGCCAGAAUUCAUACAUAUAUGCUAGAGAAAUCCAGACUUGUUUCACAACCUCUUGGCCAGAGCAAUUUUCUCAUUUUCUACUUGUUGAUGGAUGGAUUAUCUGCUGAGGAAAAAUAUGGACUUCACCUUAAUAAUUUAUGUGCCCAUCGGUAUUUGAACCAGGCCCUACGAGACAACGUGUCGGUAGCAGAGAGUUCUCUGAACAGGGAGAGAUUUGCUGUUUUGAAACAAGCUCUGAAUGUAGUUGGCUUUAGUAGCUUGGAGGUGGAGAAUCUGUUUGUGAUUCUAGCAGCAAUAUUACACAUUGGAGACAUUCGGUUCACUGCUCUCACGGAGGCAGACUCUGCGUUUGUUUCUGACCUCCAGCUUCUGGAACAAGUGGCUGGAAUGCUACAGGUCUCGGCAGAUGAACUAGUGUCUGCUUUGACAACCGAUGUCCAGUACUUUAAAGGAGAUAUGAUCACACGACAACACACUGUGGAGAUGGCUGAGUUUUACCGGGAUCUCCUGUCCAAGUCCUUGUACAGUCGUUUGUUUAGCUUUUUGGUGAACAGUAUGAACUGUUGCCUCCACAGUCAAGAGGAGCCCAGCAGCAUGCAGACAUUGGAUAUUGGAAUACUGGACAUCUUUGGUUUUGAAGAAUUUCAAAAGAAUGAAUUUGAACAACUUUGUGUCAACAUGACCAAUGAGAAGAUGCACCACUAUAUCAAUGAAGUGCUUUUUCUACAGGAGCAAACAGAAUGUUUACAAGAGGGAGUUACCAUGGAAACAGCUUAUUCUCCUAGUAACCAGACUGGAGUUUUGGAUUUUUUUUUCCAGAAACCAUCUGGAUUUCUCUGUUUAUUGGAUGAAGAAAGUCAAAUGAUUUGGUCAAUGGAAACAAAUCUUCCCAAAAAGCUACAAAGCCUCCUGGAAUCCUCAAAUACAAAUGCAGUAUACUCCCCCAUGAAGGAUGGAAAUGGGAAUGUCGCCCUCAAAGAUCAAGGCACAGCAUUCACUAUUAUGCACUAUGCAGGGCGGGUAAUGUAUGAAAUUGUUGGAGCAGUUGAAAAAAAUAAAGACUCCCUUUCACAAAAUCUUCUAUUUGUGAUGAAAACUAGUGAAAAUGUCGUGAUCCAUCACUUGUUCCAGUCAAAACUGUCACAAACAGGAUCCCUUCUAUCUUCCUACCCUUCUUUUAAAUUCAGAGGACAUAAAUCUGCCCUGCUCAGUAAGAAAAUGACAGCUUCUUCAAUUACCGGAGAAAACAGGAAGUAUUUAGAACUUAGUAAGUUAUUAAAAAAGAAAGGAACUUCUACAUUUCUUCAAAGACUGGAAAGAAGAGGUCCAGUUACUGUUGCAUCUCAACUCAGGAACUCUCUAAUGGAUAUUAUUGGAAAACUUCAGAAGUGCACUCUACACUUUAUUCAUUGCAUCAAGCCCAAUAACUCCCAGCUACCAGAUACCUUUGAUAAUUUUUAUGUGUCUGCUCAGCUACAAUAUAUUGGUGUCCUGGAGAUGGUGAAGAUCAUCCGAUAUGGAUACCCUGUUCGCCUUUCCUUCUCAGAUUGUCUGUCAAGGUAUAAGCCCUUGGUGGAGACACUCCCCAGCGAGAAGAAGAAACUGUCUGCUGAGGAGAAAUGCCGACUUGUUCUCCAGCAGUGUAAAUUACAAGGCUGGCAGAUGGGAGUUCGAAAAGUGUUUCUAAAAUACUGGCAUGCCAACCAGCUCAAUGAUUUGUGUCUACAGCUGCAGAGAAAAAUUAUCACCUGUCAGAAAGUUAUAAGAGGAUUUCUGGCACGCCAGCACUUGCUUCAGAAAAGAAGCAUCAUACAGCAAGAGGUCACAUCCAUCAACAGCUUCCUGCAGAUUACCGAGGACAUGGGGCUGAAGACCUAUGAUGCCCUGGUCAUUCAGAAUGCUUCAGACAUUGCCCGUGAAAAUGAUCGGCUACGGAAUGAAAUGAAUGCUACUUAUAACAAAGAGAAGUUGGAGGCCAGGAGCAAACAAGAGGAAGGAGCCAAAAGAACCGAAGACAAGUGUGGACCCAGACAUUUCCACUGCAGCUCCAUCAUCGUCCCCAUGGCUGUGGACAGCCUGGUGCAGUCCCUGGCUGGCCCGUCCACCCGGUCUCCUUCUCUGCACUCGGUGUUCAGCCUGGAUGAGAGCAGUGGCCUCCCAUCACCACGGAAACAGCCUCCACCCAAGCCAAAGAGGGACCCCACCACUCGGCUGAGUGCCUCCUAUGAGGCUGUGAGUGCCUGCCUAUGGGCUGCAGCUAAGGAGUCAUCGACUGAAGUUCUCACCAGGCCCAGACCACACAGUGAUGACUACAGCACAAUGAAGAAGAUUCCUCCUCGGAAGCCAAAGCGAAGCCCCAAAACCAAGCUCAGCGGGUCGUCUGAGGAGAUUUGUGGUGUCAGGCCCAGGGCGGUGGGGACCCCCAACACAAGAAGCAGAGCGGCAGGUCCGCAGUGCACCCCUGGGGCCGUGCUGGCAGUCCCAGCGCCUCCUGGGGCCCCAGCGCACUCUGAGUCAGAGCCCGAGAUGGAGACUGAGUCAGAGCCCAUCUACAUUGAGAUGGUGGGCCGCACUGGCAGCCCCGACCAGGCGGAGGCAGUGUAUGAAGAGAUGAAGUACUUCGUGCCCCCAGAGGACAGCAGUAGCCGGGGGACCAGCGCCUGGGCCUUUGUGUCACCCCUGUUACCAUCUGAGGGUCAGAGCCCCAUCACCUUGGAGGAUGAACACCCUAGCGGCCAUUCACCCGCACCCUGCAAAGACACGUGCGACAUUCCAGCCCCCUUCCCCAACCUGCUCCCUCACCGCCCCCCACUCCUGGUUUUCCCCCCAACCCCUGUCACCUGCUCCCCAGCGUCAGACGAAUCGCCUUUGACGCCCUUAGAGGUGAAAAAACUGCCAGUCUUGGAAACCAACCUGAAGUACCCAGUGCAGUCCGAAGGCUCAAGUCCUCUGUCUCCCCAGUAUUCCAAAAACCAAAAAGGGGAUGGUGACAGACCUGCGUCCCCCGGCCUCCCAGUGUUUAACGGGUCUCACAAAGUCUCUCCGCCUCUCACACCACCUCCUCCUCCAGCACCUCCUGCGGCUGCCCAAGCUGCCCACCGGCACUUUGCCUUCCCACAGGAGACCUACGUGGUGCACCCGGGAAAAGCAACCACAAACCCAGAUCUGCCCAAAGUGCAGCAAAAGCCAAACUCUGCUCCAGCAGUGGGUGCAUGUAGUUCUUUCUCCAAGGUUCCUUACUCCCCCGGGAAGGCUAGAGUUGACCACAGGAAGACCAACUCCAACUCCUCCUCUCCAGUCCCCUACAGCCCUCCGAAUUCAAGGCCUCUCAGCAGCCCCCUGGACGAGCUAACUAGCCUCUUUAACUCUGGAAGGAGCGUACUUCGGAAGUCUGCAGCGGGAAGAAAAAUCAGGGAACCUGAAGGUUUUGAAACUAACAUGAACCUAACUAGCCGAGAUGACUCCGGUACAUCAGAGAUUGUGUCAGAGACUCAAGACAGAAAUGCGAAUAGCCAUGGAGUUCAGUCAUCUAAUCCACUCUCCAGUGCUAUCACUACUGAAAAUGGAAAUUCUAUCUCAAAUGGUUUACCUGAAGAAGAGGGAUUCUCCAGGUUGUCUGUGAGUGGGACAGCGACCUCAACAUUUCAGAGACACAGAGAGAGCCACACCACUCAGGUAAUCCAUCAGCUGAGGCUCUCAGAGAAUGAAAGUGUGGCCCUGCAGGAACUCCUAGACUGGAGGCGAAAGCUCUGUGAGGAAAGAGAAGACUGGCAGCAAAUCCUGCAGCACUCGGAGCCCAGAGGGCCUCCCCCACCUCCUUGCAAAAAACCCACUCUCCUGAAGAAGCCAGAAGGGGCCUCCUGCAGCAGGCUGCCUUCUGAGUUCUGGGACACAACCAUCUGAUGUAGUCCGAACUACAGACUCGGAAUAAAACUGCCUAGUGAUUCCAGGCUGCAUCAACAGAAGGCUGCCUCCGAUACACACUGGGUGCUCUCUCCACACAUUUACACAGAAAAGCACAGCACAGAGAGGUUAAAUACCCGAGAUUCCCUGGAUAUGUGUGUGUGACUGUGUGUGCGUGUUUUCUUACCCAUUCUGUGUGGAUACAUUCUGAUUUUCAGGCUUCAUGGUUAUAGGGCCAUGCUACCUCUAUGUAGCAAGAAAAAAAGCUAUAAAAUGUGUGGAUGAGGUGGGAGAGGGAAGAGUGGUGGAGGAGAGGAGGGAUCCAUGCACACUAUACAUUUGUUUUUAUAUAGUCUGACCACAUGCUCCUUGAACUCCAAUCAUUUUACUAUAAUGUACUCUACAGGACAUGUGUUUUAUUUCCUUGUAGGUGUUUGUGUUUUAUUGGAAUUAUGAACCUGAAAAUUAUUUACAUGUUUCUUACUGUAUUUUAUAACUUUAUGCAAUUGGUGGUGCUCCCUUUCUUCAAAAUACAUAUUUUUAAAAAUUGUUUCUAGAAUUUUUUUCUUUCACAUGCCAUUUUUUAACCUAAAAUACCUAAGAAUCUCGGGACUAUGUUGUUGUUUUAGCUUCGCCCUACAUAUAUAUGGAACAAGUCCCAUGUUUUAUAUUUUGUUCAUUGAGUAGAAGGCAGUUCUUUCUUAUGCCCUGCAUUUCUGGAUAUGUGGGUAGUGAGCUUUUUAAUUAAAUCUCAUCUGCUGACUUAAGUAUAAGUUACAGGAAAUUUUGUGUCAUUCAGCAUGUAUGGCUUCAAAUUCAUAGCUGUUGGGAUGAAAGGGUCAUAUUCAUUUAAGGUCUACACCAUACAAAUAAGCACGUUGAGAUUUACUGGUUCGAGCAGUAAUGCCACAUCACAAGACAAUUGUCCUCUCCAAGCUCCACUGCAUGGCUCACCUGCUGUAUAUCCUCAACCCUCCUGUAAUGCAACUGCCUUGUCUGUUGAUGUGCUUCUGUGGGCUGUCAGAAAGCUCUGAGUGGUGCCAUUAGACCAUCAUGUCCUGCUACUCAAAACUUUUUAUUCAUACCAGCCUUUG